AAAUUAUAACAGUUCUAUGUAGCUAUAUCUACGAGCAUAUAAAUAUCGGAGCUAAAAAUUGAAAAACAUUAAGUUUCUCAUUGAAUUCGAUCAAGGAAGCAUCAAGCAAAAACACUCAACUCAAAAUGAACAGCCAAGUUAUUAUUGAAAAAAUCAUGGAAAAGAUGCAAGCUGUCGACCCAGCUGAGAGGACCAUCUUUGUCAUUUACCAAUUUCACUUUACCAAGGCUGAUGGUACUCCAUCAAAGAGUUUCGUUUUUGACUUGAAGGAUCUUAAGAUCUAUGAAGGAACAACCGACAAGGCUGAUGGUGAGGUGACAAUUAUUGAUGAAGAUUUCUAUGCCCUCGUUAGCAAGAAGAUGUCACUUGAUGAAUACAUUGCAAGUGGCAAGGCCAAGAUGAGUGGCAAUGUUAGUGACCUGAAAAAACUUGUAGAGAAAUAUCACAUUUAAAUUAUUUGAGUGAUCUAAUUUUAAUUUGUUAGUUUGUUUUUCUAAUUUAAUAAAAAUAAAGAAAAUAGUUGUCAAUAUUUAA